AUGGCGUCUUCAGACCACCAAGGACGCAAGGACCCCACAGAAAUCUCCAGAACAGAUGGAGCUCCAUCCACUGCUACGUCUUGCCCCGUCCACAGCCACGCCACCGAAGGGCCGAAGAGGAACGGUUUAAGGAACGGGCUUGUAAGACAUCGAGACUAUGUCAAAAUCUCUGUGCCGGAAGGAAAAGGCAAUAGGUUGCCCUCAGAAUGGUGGAAGACCAUCAUCGCUUUGGUUUAUGCCGUUUUAAACUUGGUUCUGACCACGGUUAUGAUCACAGUGGUUCACGAGAGAGUGCCUCCUAAGGAGAGCAGCCCACCUUUGCCAGAUAAGUUCUUUGACUACGUCGAUCGCGUUCAGUGGGCGUUUACAGUGACUGAGGUGAAUGGGAUGGUGCUGGUGUCCAUAUGGGCCAUUCAGUGGCUCUUUCACAGAUACAGGGCUAUUGUGGGAAGACGAUAUUUAUUCCUUCUUGGCACACUGUACAUGUAUCGAUGUAUAACCAUGUAUGUUACCACUCUACCCGUGCCCGGCAUGCACAUGGUGUGUGCACCAAAGCUUUAUGGCGAUUCUGACGCGAAGCUGCAGCGUGUUCUGCAGUUACUCUCUGGUGGGGGCUUAUCGAUCAAUGGCUCUCAUCUGCUGUGUGGAGAUUUCCUCUACAGCGGCCACACUGUCAUUCUCACGCUCACGUACCUCUUCAUAAAGGAGUAUUCUCCUCGUUCAUUCUGGUGGUAUCACCUUGUGUGUUGGUUAAUGGCUGCUGUGGGUGUCGUUUGUAUCCUGGUGGCUCAUGAACACUACACUGUGGAUGUGGUGGUGGCCUAUUUUAUCACCACCCGACUCUUCUAUUGGUAUCACACUAUGGCCAAUUUGCAGACGUUAAAGUGUUCACCGAACAACUACCUCACUCACACCUGGUGGAACCCUGUGUUUAAUUUCUUUGAGAGGAACAUCCUGACUCAAGUGCCCUGCUCUUUCUGCUGGCCGAUGACAUGGCCCCCCACUUGUCUGAAGAACCCCGUGUAAGAAAUAUUCCAUGGUGCAGAGUGGACGCGAAGAGUGACUUUAUUUGUCAUCGUGAAUUCAUCUAAAUAUUUACAUCAUACAAAAGACCAACAGACCAAAGGCUGCUGGUGAGGUCUUAUCUUCCUCAUGUCCAUCUGGAGCAAGAGAGAAACUUUUGUUAUAUGUAGCCAAACCAAUAUUAUUUGACGAGUGUUAUGUUUAUUUAUGUUUAGUCAAUGUGCGCAGAAACACAAAUUCUAUAAUUCAAAUGGCUUACUAGAAGUGAUAUGGAUAUACAAUUUUAGAUUUCCAGAAAUGCUCUCACUCUCUUUUUGUC